GGUGGGCACACAGCAACCCGCAGCCCCCUUCAGAGAGUUUUACUAAGUUUCGACUUUUAAUGGUGGCAAAGGAUGGCGGAAGGUGCAGAUGGAGAGGAAGAGAUCCAGUUCUUGCGGACAGAUGACCAAGUGGUUCUUCAGUGUACUGCCUCCAUUUUGAAGGAGCAGAUCAAGCUGUGUCUGUCCUGCGAGGGUUUUGGGAACCGUCUCUGCUUCCUGGAGACCACCUCAAAUGCUCAAAAUGUUCCCCCUGACUUGGCGAUCUGCUGCUUCAUACUGGAGCAGUCCCUGUCUGUGCGGGCCCUGCAAGAGAUGCUGUCCAACACGUCUGUGGAUGAAGCGGUUGAUUUGGACAAAUGGUCGUCACAAGGUGGCGGUCACCGCACACUGCUGUACGGACAUGCCAUCCUCCUGAAACACACUCACUCCAGCAUGUACCUGAGCUGUUUGACGACAUCACGCUCGCUCACUGACAAACUAGCCUUCGAUGUAGGUUUGCAAGAGGAUUCCACAGGUGAGGCCUGCUGGUGGACCAUCCAUCCGGCAUCCAAGCAAAGAUCUGAAGGAGAGAAGGUCAGGGUGGGAGAUGACCUCAUUCUUGUCAGUGUUUCGUCGGAGCGAUACCUGCAUCUGUCAUAUGCCAGCGGUGACCUGAUGGUCGAUGCGUCCUUCAUGCAAACUUUAUGGACCAUGACACCGGUCAUGUCUGGGUGUGAGCUUGCUGAAGGUUUUCUGAUUGGUGGUUAUGUGCUCCGACUGUUCCACGGCCAUAUGGAUGAGUGUUUGGCAAUACCAGGUGCUGACCAAGGAGAUGACCAGCGCAGGGUUGCUCAUUAUGAAGGAGGAGCUGUAUGCAGUCAUGCCAGAUCCUUGUGGAGACUGGAGCCACUGCGCAUUGGGUGGAGCGGAGGUCACAUCAAAUGGGGCCAAUCUUUUCGAAUACGCCACAUUACAACCGGCAGAUAUCUGUGCUUGGAUGAGGAGAAGGGACUGCUGUUGGUCGAUGCAGAGAAAGCCAAUUCCAAAAUGUCAGCGUUUUGCUUUAGGAUUUCUAAGGAAAAAAUUGAAGUCACCCAGAAGCGCGACGUUGAAGGAAUGGGCAUCCCUGAGAUAAAGUACGGCGAGUCCAUGUGCUUUGUUCAGCAUGUUUCGACUGGUCUGUGGCUCACUUACGCCGCUGUCGAUGCCAAAUCAGCCCGCCUUGGUCCUUUGAAGAGGAAGGCCAUUCUUCACAAAGAAGGUCACAUGGAUGAUGCAUUGACUGUUGCACGUUCACAAACUGAGGAAUCCCAAGCUGCCCGAAUGAUCUACAGCACCACAGGCCUCUUCAAUCAAUUCAUCAAAGGUCUAGAUGCCUUGAGUGGGAAAAACAAAUCAGCCAAUCCUCCGUCCUUGCCCAUGGACACAGUCGUGCUCUCUCUGCAGGAUCUCAUUUUCUACUUCAGACCACCUGAAGAGGAACUUGAGCAUGAGGACAAACAAUUCAAGCUCCGCUCUCUGAAGAACAGGCAAAACCUCUUUCAAGAAGAGGGGAUGAUCACAUUGGUCUUGGACUGUGUUGAUAGGCUGAAUGUCUACAACACCGCUGCUCACUUCUCUGAGUAUGCCGGAGAAGAAGCAGCUGAGUCGUGGAAGGAAAUAGUAAAUUUAUUAUACGAGUUGCUGGCAUCGUUGAUCAGAGGAAAUCGAGCCAACUGUGCCUUGUUUUGUGACAACCUGGACUGGCUGGUCAGUAAGUUGGACCGUUUGGAGGCAUCCUCUGGAAUCUUGGAGGUGCUCUACUGUGUUCUGAUUGAGAGUCCAGAGGUGCUGAAUAUCAUCAAGGAAAAUCACAUCAAGUCAAUUAUAUCGCUUCUUGACAAGCAUGGCCGCAAUCAUAAGGUGUUGGACGUGCUCUGUUCUCUGUGUGUGUGUAACGGAGUCGCUGUGAGGUCCAAUCAGAAUCUGAUCACUGAAAACCUCCUGCCAGGCCGAGACCUCCUGCUUCAAACAAACAUAAUAAACUAUGUUACCAGCAUGAGACCCAACAUUUUCCUUGGGACCUGUGAAGGCUCUACUCAGUAUAAGAAGUGGUAUUUUGAGGUGAUGGUGGACCAUGUGGAGCCAUUUCUCUCAGCUCAGCCAUAUCACUUGCGAGUGGGUUGGGCCCUGACUGAAGGCUACAGCCCAUAUCCAGGUGGAGGAGAGGGUUGGGGUGGUAACGGUGUCGGAGAUGACCUCUACUCCUACGGGUUUGAUGGGCUCCACCUAUGGUCAGGUCGUGUACCUCGCCAUGUGGCCACGCCCAAUCAGCAUGUCUUGGCAGCUGAAGAUGUGGUAAGCUGCUGCUUGGAUCUGAACGUGCCCAGUAUUUCCUUCAGAAUCAAUGGGCAUCCAGUCCAGGGCAUGUUUGAGAACUUCAACCUCGACGGCUUGUUUUUCCCAGUGGUCAGCUUCUCAGCUGGCAUCAAGCUCCGAUUCCUUCUUGGAGGAAGGCAUGGGGACUUUAAGUUCCUGCCUCCCCCUGGCUACGCGCCGUGCUAUGAAGCUGUGCUACCCCGAGAUCGUUUGAGGAUUGAACCGAUCAAGGAGUACAAACAUGACUUUGAUGGUGUUCGCAACUUGUUAGGUCCAACACAGUCUCUCUCACAUACGUCCUUCACUCCGUGCCCAGUGGACACCAUACAAAUCGUACUUCCUCCUCACUUGGAGCGCAUUCGGGAGAAGCUGGCAGAGAACAGUCAUGAGCUGUGGGCUGUGACUCGCAUUGAACAAGGGUGGACCUUUGGCGCCUUUCGUGAUGACAACAAGAAGCUGCACCCCUGCCUGGUAGAUUUUCAGGGUUUGCCUGAACCUGAGAAGAACUACAACUUAGCAAUGUCAGGCGAGACUCUUAAGACCCUGCUUGCACUUGGAUGCCAUGUUGGAAUGGGGGAUGAAAAAGCAGAGGAGAAUUUGAAGCGGAUCAAGCUUCCGAAAACAUUCAUGCAGACUAAUGGUUACAAACCUGCCCCACUGGACCUCAACCAUGUUAAACUCACCCCAAAUCAAAACACUCUGGUUGAGAGACUUGCAGAAAACGGACACAAUGUGUGGGCAAGAGACCGGGUCCGCCAGGGGUGGACCUACAGUAUUGUGCAGGAUAUUGUGAACAAGCGCAACCCUCGACUGGUCCCUUACAACUUACUGGAUGAAAAGACCAAAAAGACAAACAGAGACACAGUCUGCGCUGCUGUACGCACUCUCCUUGGCUACGGUUACAACAUUGAGCCCCCCGACCAGGAGAGCAGUGGGCAUGGUUCAGGAAGUUCCCGUGGAGAUAAGAUCAGAGUGUUCAGAGCUGAAAAGUCGUAUGGUGUUACCCAGGGGAAGUGGUACUUUGAGUUCGAGGCGGUGACAGUUGGGGAGAUGAGGGUGGGAUGGGCUAGGCCUAGCGUUCGGGCAGACACUGAACUUGGAGCGGAUGAGUUGGCCUAUGUCUUCAACGGGUUUAAGGCCCAGCGUUGGCAUGUGGGCAACGAGUCAUUUGGUCGUCAGUGGCAGUCUGGUGAUGUGGUUGGCUGCAUGAUCGACCUCACUGAGAUGAACAUCAUGUUUACACUGAAUGGAGAAAUGUUAAUCAGCGACUCAGGUUCUGAGAUGGCCUUUAAGGAUAUUGAAAUCGGCGAGGGCUUCAUUCCAGUCUGCAGUCUGGGAUUGUCUCAAGUGGGCAGGAUUAACUUGGGUCAGAACGUCAGCAGCCUUCGCUAUUUCACCAUCUGUGGCCUGCAAGAGGGAUUUGAACCAUUUGCUAUCAACAUGAAGCGAGAUAUUACAAUGUGGUUCAGCAAGAGUCUUCCACAAUUCAUCAAUGCACCCACUGACCACCCUCACAUCGAGAUAUCUCGUGUUGACGGGACAGUCGAAACGGCCCCUUGCCUCAAAGUGAACCACAAAACCUUCGGAUCCCAGAAUGCCAACACAGAUCUACUGUUCUUCAGACUGAGCAUGCCGGUUGAGUUUCACGAGACUUUCAAAGUUCCAGCUGGGACCACUCUCUUGACCCGGACCCUGACGAUUCCUGAGGAUGAGGUAGUCGAGGUGGAUCCAGACUCUGACUUUGAAAUUCUAAAAAAAUCAGCCACCCGCAAAGAGCAAGAGGAGGAGAAGAAGGAGCCGUCCGUGCCGAAGGAGGUGCCGCUGAACAAGAACGGGGAAAAUGAGAAAGAUGCCUCUACAGAGAAAAGCAAGAAAAAAGGGUUUCUCUUCAAAGCCAAAAAAGCUGCACUGAUAACUCCACCCCCUGUAGUUCCCACUAUGCCUCGCUUAGUUGAGGAUGUGGUGCCUGAUGACAGAGACGAUGUGGACAUCAUCCUCAACACCACAACGUACUACUACUCUGUGCGAGUGUUUGCUGGCCAGGAACCGAGUGGGAUUUGGGUGGGCUGGAUCACGCCCGACUAUCACCAGUAUGACCCUCAUUUUGAUCUUGGCAAAGUGCGAAAUGUGACAGUCACUGUGGGCGAUGACAAGGGAAACAUUCAUGACAGCAUCAAGCGUAGUAACUGCUAUAUGGUGUGUGGAGGCGAGUUCAGCAGCUCCCAGCAGACUCGAGUGAGUCAAGAGGAUUUUGUGAUCGGCUGUCUCAUCGACUUGGACACAGGACUGAUGACAUUCACUGCUAAUGGAAAAGAGAUCAACACAUUUUACCAGGUGGAACCCAAUACAAAAUUGUUCCCAGCUGUGUUUGCUCUCCCUUCAAGCCAGAACAUGUUCCAAUUCGAGCUUGGAAAACUCAAGAACAUCAUGCCAAUCUCAGCCGCUAUGUUUCGGAGCGAACGUAAAAACCCGGUCCCUCAGUGCCCUCCAAGAUUAGAUAUCCAGAUGUUAACGCCUGUCAUCUGGAGUCGGAUGCCCAACCACUUCCUGGCUCCAGAGACGGGGCGUGUCAGUGAGCGACUGGGUUGGGUGGUGCAGUGUCAGGAGCCGCUCACCAUGAUGGCGCUCCACAUCCCAGAGGAGAACAGGUGUAUUGACAUUCUGGAGUUGUCUGAACGAAUGGAUUUGUUGAAGUUCCAUUACCACACUUUGAAGCUGUACGGCUCCGUCUGCGCUCUGGGAAACAACCGGGUGGCUCACGCGCUUUGCAGCCAUGUGGAUGAGUCUCAACUGUUCUACGCCAUUGAGAACACCUACCUUCCUGGGCCAAUGAGAAGUGGCUUCUAUGACCUGCUGAUCAGCAUGCACCUCGAGUCUGCUAAGAGAAAUCGACUUGGCACCAACAAAGAGUUCAUCGUUCCGAUGACAGACGACACGCGGAGCAUCACGUUGUACUCUGACAAGUCACACGCUUUACCCGGCGUCGGCUUGACAACAUGUCUUCGCCCCAAACUACACUUCUCAUCUGUUGGGUUUGUUGGAACUGAUCCUGAUAUUUACACUCUGAGCCCAUUCAUCCCAUUGUUGGUGCUUAAGACAAAAGCUCUGAACAUGUUGAUCGAGGCUGUUCAAGAUGGCGGUCAAGCCAUGAGAGAUCCUGUUGGAGGAAGUGUUGAGUUUCAUUUCGUUCCUAUCCUGAAACUCAUCAGCACCCUCCUCAUCAUGGGUGUGUUUGACGACGAAGACGUCACACACAUCCUGGAGAUGAUCGAACCCACUGUCUUCUGUGGCAAGAAGGUCGAGGACCCUGUCGAGGAGGCUGUUAGUGCUGAGGAUGAGAAGGAACAGCAGCUGAAAACACAACCAACAAUGGAUGCAGACCAAGAAUCCCUGUAUGAAGAAGAUGAAGAAGAAUAUGAGGAUGAUGGCCUCGGCGAAGAAGAAGAAGUGGAAGAAGAAGUGGAAGAGGCAAAAUCGAUUUUGCAUCAAGAUGAAGUGCCUGAUGACACAGGACCGGUCAAUGGUGAGAAAGGUGCAGAGGAAACAGAGAAAGAAGCAAAACAUGGAGAAACUGUUGGAGAGAAAGAACAUUUUGAACAAGGACUUUUCCAGAUGAAGCUACCAGAGUCUGUUAAACUUCAGAUGUGUACUCUGCUACAAUAUUUCUGCGACUGUGAGCUACGACACAGAGUAGAGGCCAUCACCGCCUUUUCAGACAAGUUUGUCAGCCAGAUACAGUCAAACCAGAGGCAGCGCUACAAUGAGCUGAUGCUGGCUUUCACCAUGAGCGCUGCUGAAACGGCCCGCAAGACCCGCGAGUUUCGGUCACCACCUCAAGAGCAGGUCAACAUGCUGAUGAAUUUUAAGAACUGUGCUGAGGAUGAGGAAUGUCCUAUUCCUGAUGAUGUCCGGGAUUCUUUGCUGAAUUUUCACACCGUUCUUCUUUCCCACUGUGGUGUGCACAUUGAAGAAGAAGAGCAGGAGGAGGCGGUCGACAACUCUCUUCGCGGUCGGCUGUUCCGCUUGCUGGAAAGGGUGAAGAAGUUCCGCCAGAAGAAGGUAGAAGUGGAACCAGAGCCACAGGAAGACACUAAGCCAAGCACUCUGCAGGAGCUGAUUUCCCACACCAUGAUUCACUGGGCCCAGGAGUCUUUCAUCCAAAAUCCAGAGCUAGUUCGUAUGAUGUUCAGCCUUCUUCACCGGCAGUAUGACGGUCUGGGCGAACUCAUGCGGGCCCUGCCGAAGGUCUACACCAUCAGCGCUGUCUCCAUCCAGGACACAAUGGACCUGCUGGAGUGUUUGGGUCAAAUCCGCUCUCUGCUGAUUGUCCAGAUGGGUCCAGAAGAGGAGAGACUCAUGAUUCAGAGUAUUGGGAACAUCAUGAGUAACAAGGUUUUCUACCAGCAUCCAAACUUGAUGAGAGCCCUGGGCAUGCAUGAAACAGUCAUGGAGGUCAUGGUCAACGUUUUGGGUGGUGGAGACUCAAAGGAAAUCAGAUUUCCCCGCGUGGUGACAAACUGUUGCCGUUUCCUCUGCUACUUCUGUCGCAUCAGUCGACAAAACCAGCGAUCCAUGUUCGAUCACCUCAGCUAUCUGCUACAGAACAGCGGGAUUGGCCUAGGAAUGCGAGGCUCUACGCCCCUGGAUGUGGCUGCUGCAUCCUGUAUUGACAACAAUGAGCUCGCAUUGGCUCUUCAAGAGCAAGAUCUUGAGAUGGUGGUUAAAUAUUUGGCUGGGUGUGGACUUCAAAGCUGCCCGAUGUUGCUGUCCAAAGGCUACCCUGACAUCGGCUGGAACCCCUGCGGUGGCGAGAAAUACCUAGAUUUUCUCAGAUUUGCUGUUUUCGUCAACGGAGAGAGUGUGGAAGAGAAUGCCAAUGUUGUGGUACGCCUCCUCAUCCGCAGGCCUGAGUGCUUUGGCCCAGCCCUCAGAGGAGAGGGGGGCAAUGGUUUGCUUUCAGCUAUUGAGGAGGCCAUUAAAAUAUCAGAAGACCCAGCGAGGGAUGGUCCGAGCGUGAAGAAAGACAGAAGAUUCCCAAUGUUUGGUGGUGAAGAGCAGCAUGAAGAGAACAGAGUUCAUCUGGGAAAUGCCAUCAUGUCUUUUUACUCUGCACUCAUCGACCUGCUGGGGCGCUGCGCCCCUGAGAUGCAUUUGAUCCAAGCUGGUAAAGGAGAAGCUUUGAGAAUCAGAGCAAUUCUUCGGUCUCUUGUUCCCAUCGAGGACUUGGUUGGUGUCAUCAGCCUGCCUGUGCAGAUUCCCUCAUUUGGCAAAGAUAACAGCAUUAUAGAGCCAAAGAUGUCCGCCAGUUUUGUUCCGGAUCACAAGGCGCCGAUGGUGCUGUUUCUGGACAGAGUGUAUGGUAUUGACAACCAAGACUUCCUGCUCCAUGUACUGGAGGUUGGUUUUCUGCCUGACAUGAGGGCUGCUGCGUCCCUAGAUACGGCGGCGUUCAGCACCACAGAGAUGGCCCUGGCGCUCAACCGCUACUUAUGUUCUGCUGUGCUGCCACUCAUCACCAAGUGUGCCCCUCUGUUUGCUGGCAGCGACCACCGAGCCAUUAUGAUUGACUCCAUGCUGCACACCAUCUACCGUCUGUCUCGUGGACGAGCCUUCACAAAGGCUCAAAGGGACAUCAUUGAAGAGUGUCUCAUGGCCUUGUGCAAGCAUCUCCGCCCCUCCAUGCUCCAGCACCUGCUGAGACGCCUGGUGUUUGAUGUUCCUAUUCUGAAUGAGUAUGCCAAGAUGCCACUGAAACUUCUAACCAAUCACUAUGAGCGUUGUUGGAAAUACUACUGCCUCCCGAACGGAUGGGCCAACUUUGGUGUGGCCUCAGAAGAAGAGCUACAUCUGACACGCAAACUUUUCUGGGGUAUUUUUGAAUCCCUUGCGCACAAGAAAUUUGAUGCCGAGAUUUUUAAAAUCUCAAUGCCGUGCAUCUGUGCCAUUGCUGGAGCCAUCCCUCCGGACUAUGUUGAUGCCAGCUACUCCUCCAAAACAGAGAAAAAGGCAUCAGUAGAUGCAGAGGGAAACUUUGACCCCAAACCAGUGGAGACCACAAACACAAUCAUCCCUGAGAGGCUGGAUCCCUUUAUCAACAGAUACGCCGAAUACACUCACGAUAAAUGGGCUUUUGAAAAGAUCCAGAACAACUGGUCUUACGGUGAAGUGCUGGAUGAAAAUUCCAAAACGCAUCCCAUGCUCAGACCGUACAAAACCUUCUCAGAAAAAGACAAAGAGAUCUACCGCUGGCCUAUCAAGGAGUCGAUCAAAGCCAUGCUGGCCUGGGAGUGGACGAUUGAUAAAGCCAGAGAGGAGGAGGAGUCUGAGAAGAAGAAGGCGGCGGCGCGGAAGAUCUCCCAGACAGCUCAGGCGACAUAUGAUCCAAGUCAUGGAUACAGUCCUCAACCCAUGGAUAUAUCUCACAUGGCUCUAUCAAGGGAUCUUCAGUCAAUGGCGGAACAACUGGCUGAAAAUUACCACAACACAUGGGGGCGAAAGAAGAAGAUGGAGUUGCAGUCUAAAGGAGGUGGAACUCACCCUCUGCUUGUACCUUACGACACACUCACUGCAAAGGAGAAGGCGAGGGAUCGAGAAAAGGCUUACGAGCUGCUGAAAUUCCUUCAGCUGAAUGGAUAUGCAGUCACAAGGGGUCUGAAAGACAUGGAGUCGGAUAUUUCCUCCAUCGAGAAGCGGUUUGCGUACGGCUUCCUGCAGAAGCUGUUAAAGUGGAUGGAAAUUGCUCAAGAGUUCAUUGCUCACCUCGAGGCUGUUGUGAGCAGUGGAAGGGUUGAAAAGUCACCUCAUGAGCAGGAAAUCAAAUUUUUCGCCAAGAUCCUGAUGCCGCUCAUCAACCAGUACUUCAAGAACCACUGCCUCUACUUCUUGUCAACGCCAGCGAAGGUUCUGGGCAGUGGUGGACACUCCUCCAACAAGGAGAAAGAGAUGAUUGCAAGUAUCUUCUGUAAAAUGUCUGCUCUGGUGAGACACAGAGUCUCUCUCUUUGGGACUGAUGCUCCAGCCAUCGUCAACUGCCUUCACAUUCUGGCGCGAUCACUGGACGCAAGGACGGUGAUGAAGUCGGGACCUGAGAUAGUCAAAGCUGGGCUGAGGUCCUUCUUUGAGAGUGCUGCUGAUGACAUUGAAAAAAUGGUUGAAAAUCUCAAAUUGGGAAAAGUGUCUAAAGGCAAUCAGCAAGUGAAAGGUGUUUCUCAGAACAUAAACUACACCACCAUCGCCUUGCUGCCGGUCCUCACGUCACUGUUUGAUCAUAUUGCGCAGCACCAGUUUGGAGAUGAUGUCAUAUUGGAUGAUCUCCAGAUGUCUUGCUAUCGGAUCAUGUGCAGCAUCUACUCUUUAGGAACCGUCAAGAACCCACAUGUUGAGAGACAGAGGCCAGCCCUUGGCGAGUGUUUGGCACAUCUCGCCGCUGCUAUGCCAGUUGCCUAUUUAGAGCCACAUUUGAAUGAAUUCAAUGCGUUUUCUGUCUACACAACGAAGACACCAAGAGAAAGAGCGAUCCUUGGUCUUCCCAGUGAGGUCCAGGAACUUUGUCCGGAUAUUCCGGAGCUAGAUGCUCUGCUGAAGGAGAUUGGGGAUUUGGCGGAGUCGGGAGCUCGCUAUACAGAGAUGCCUCAUGUUAUUGAGAUCACAUUACCCAUGUUGUGCAACUACCUGCCUCGCUGGUGGGAACGGGGCUCUGAGAAUUUCCCUGAGAUGGAGGGUCAACUCUGCACUGAGGUGACAUCCGAACACCUUAAUCAGCUGCUGGGGAGCAUCAUGAAAAUUGUAGUGAACAAUUUGGGUAUAGAUGAGGCAUCUUGGAUGAAGAGGUUGGCUGUUUUCUCACAGCCUAUUGUAAGCAGAGCGAAGCCUGAAAUGCUAAAGUCACACUUCAUCCCGACGAUGGAGAAGCUCAAAAAACGUACUUCCAAGGUGGUGGCUGAGGAGGACCAUCUAAGAAUGGAAGGGAAAUCUGAGGGUGACGAGGAGGACGGAACCAUUCGUGAUGAGUUUGCUGUGCUGUGCAGGGAUCUCUACGCUCUCUAUCCUCUUCUAAUCCGCUACGUGGACAACAAUAGAGCAAGAUGGUUGACAUGCCCAGAUCCAGAUGCCGAGGAACUUUUUAGAAUGGUUGGAGAAGUGUUUAUAUUCUGGUCAAAAUCCCACAACUUCAAACGAGAAGAACAGAACUUUGUGGUGAUCAAUGAGAUCAAUAACAUGUCAUUUCUCACCGCAGAUAGCAAGAGCAAAAUGAGCAAGGGCGGGGACUCAGAGGGGGGAGGCUCAGACACGGAGCGUACGAAGAAGAAGAAACGAGGCGAUCGCUACUCAGUCCAAACUUCACUUAUUGUGGCCGCCUUGAAAAAGAUGCUGCCCAUCGGACUGAACAUGUGCUCUCCUGCUGACCAGGAGCUCAUCAACUUGGCCAAGAUGAGAUACUCCUUGAGAGACACUGAUGAAGAAGUGAGGGAGUUUCUGCAGAACAAUCUUCACCUUCAAGGAAAGGUGGACAACCCUUCAAUGCGCUGGCAGAUGGCGCUAUACAAAGAAAUGGUGGGGAAUGCUGAAGAUGCAGAUGCGCCAAUAAAAGUUGUCAAACGAGUUCAGGAGGUUUCUGCAGUUCUCUAUCACCUCGAGGUGACUGAACACCCAUUUAAAUCCAAGAAAAUGGUGUGGCACAAAUUGUUGUCCAAGCAGAGACGCAGGGCGGUGGUGGCGUGUUUCAGGAUGACACCACUGUAUAAUAUUCCACGGCACCGAGCUUCAAACAUGUUCCUGGAGGGAUACAAACGUAACUGGCUGAACUCGGAGGGAUAUUCAUUUGAGGACAGAAUGAUUGAUGACUUGUCUAAAGCAAUGGAGCAAGAGGAAGGAGAAGAAGAGGAGGAGAAAGAGACCAAACCAGAUCCACUUCAUCAGCUCAUUCUGCAUUUCAGUCGCACUGCGCUGACUGAGAAAAGCAAACUAGAUACAGAUCAUCUAUAUAUGGCAUAUGCCGAUAUUAUGGCAAAGAGUUGCCAUAUUGGUGAGGAAGAAGAAGGGGGAGAGGAUUUGGAAGAGGCUGAGGAUGAGAUGUCCUUUGAGGUGCGACAGUCAGAACUGGAAAAAGAAAUGGAGAAACAACGACUACUGUACCAACAGUCGAGACUCCAUAACCGCGGCGCUGCGGAGAUGGUGCUGCAGAUGAUCAGUGCCUGCAAAGGCGAAACUGGACCGAUGGUGUCGACAACACUCAAGUUGGGUAUUUCCAUCCUCAACGGUGGCAACACAGAGGUUCAACGGAAAAUGCUGGAGUAUCUGAAGGACAAGAAGGAUGUGGGCUUCUUUCUGAGCAUUCAAGCGCUCAUGCAAACCUGUUGUGUUCUGGAUCUUAAUGCUUUUGAGAGGCAGAAUAAGGCAGAGGGACUGGGCAUGGUUUCAGAAGAGGGCACCAAGUUGAACCUAGAUCGGGAUGAAAAGGUCAUGGCAGACGACGAGUUUACCUGUGACCUGUUUCGGUUCCUGCAGUUGCUCUGUGAGGGGCACAACAACGAUUUCCAGAACUAUUUGAGGACACAGACUGGAAGCACCACCACCAUUAACAUCAUCAUCUGCACUGUCGAUUACCUGCUCCGCCUGCAGGAGUCAAUCAGUGAUUUCUACUGGUAUUACUCCGGUAAGGACGUCAUUGACGAACCGGGGAAGAAGAACUUCUCCAAAGCCAUGACUGUUGCAAAACAGAUUUUCAACAGUCUGACCGAGUAUAUCCAGGGCCCCUGCACGGGAAACCAGCAGUCCCUGGCUCACAGCAGGCUGUGGGACGCCAUCGUGGGUUUCCUCCAUGUCUUUGCUCACAUGAUGAUGAAGCUCGCUCAGGAUUCCAGUCAGAUCGGCCUGUUGAAGGAGCUUCUGGACCUGCAGAAAGACAUGGUUGUUAUGUUGCUCUCACUGCUGGAGGGAAACAUUGUGAACGGCACCAUCGCUCGGCAGAUGGUGGACAUGUUGGUGGAGUCCUCCAGCAAUGUCGAGAUGAUCCUCAAGUUCUUCGACAUGUUCCUGAAGCUUAAAGACAUAGUAGCUUCCGACGCUUUCCAAGACUACAUCACCGACCCUCGAGGGCUGAUCUCCAAAAAGGAUUUCCAGAAAGCCAUGGACAGUCAGAAGCAGUACACCCCCUCCGAAAUACAGUUUUUGCUGUCUUGCUCGGAGGCGGACGAGAACGAUAUGAUUAACUAUGAAGAGUUUGCCAAUCGCUUUCAAGAGCCAGCCAAGGAUAUCGGGUUCAACAUCGCCGUUCUGCUCACCAACCUGUCCGAGCACGUGCCACACGACACCCGCUUGCAGAACUUUUUAGAACAAGCUGAGAGCGUGUUAAAUUAUUUCCGCCCAUUCCUGGGGCGAAUCGAGAUCAUGGGGGCCAGCAGGAAGAUCGAACGCAUCUACUUUGAGAUCAGCGAGGUCAACAGACGGCAGUGGGAGAUGCCACAGGUCAGAGAGUCCAAGCGGCAGUUUAUCUUCGACGUGGUCAAUGAGGGCGGCGAGUCAGAGAAGAUGGAGAUGUUCGUCAACUUCUGUGAGGACACUAUCUUUGAGAUGAACAUUGCCUCGCAGAUUUCAGAGCAGGAGGAGGAAGAAAAGGGUGAGGAAGAUGAUGAAGUCGAGGAAGGUGGAGGCGAGGGAGCCCAAGGUACAGCAGGAGGUUCAGGUGACGAAGAGGGUAACGGAGAGGAAGCGCCGCCUGAAUCCAGCUCGGCAUUUGCCGACUUCAUAAACAGCAUGUUCAGCUUCUUUAGCAUCUUCACCUUCCGGAACCUUCGUCGUCAGUAUCGCCGAGUGAGGAAGAUGACGGUGAAGGAGAUCGUGGUCGCUCUUUGGACUUUCUUCUGGACCAUUUUCAUCAGCAUCCUGCACUUUAUUUACAACAUUUGCAAAGGGGUCUUUAUGAUAAUCUGGCACACUCUGUUCGGAGGUGGUCUGGUGGAGGGAGCUAAAAACAUCACAGUGACUGAGAUUCUAGCCAGCAUGCCGGAUCCUACGCAAGAUGACGUCCAUGGAGAUGGACCUGGAGAGCCGAGAGCUGGAGAAGAACAAGACACAGGAGGGGUAACGGAUACAGGGGAAACUGGAAGUGGAGAGGAAGAAGAGGAGGAUACACAGGAGAAGGAGGGAGGGAGGAUUCCAGGUAUAGAUGCGCCUGGAGGACUAGGAGACAUGGGAGUUGAGGCAACAGUUGAACCUCCGACACCUGAAGGAACACCCAUCACCAAGAGGAAAAUGCAACCGGAAGAAGCCGACGCUAGCCAGAAGCCUCCAGAACCAGUUCCUGUAGAGGAACCACCUCCUGAACCUGAAAAGGCUGACGUUGAAACUGGUGAGAAGGCUGAGAAGGAGCAGGAGCCUCAGGAGCAAAGCCAACAAGAGGAGCCAAAGAAAUCUGCUGCCAAGAAGGAGAAGAAGCCAAAAAGUGGUGGAGGCUUUCAAAUUUGGACAGAGCUAGAGACGCAGAGAAAUAAAUUCAUGAACUACCUCUCCAGAAACUUCUACAACCUGCGCUUUCUGGCUCUGUUCCUCGCUUUUGCCCUCAACUUCAUCCUCCUCUUUUAUCGGGUCUCUGAAUCUCCGCCUGAUGGUGAAGAGAUGGAAGGCUCCGGGAUGGCAGAAGGAAGCGGUUGGUUUGAAGGUUCCGGCUUGUUCGAAGGAUCUGGAGAAGAGGAGGAAGGCUCUGGCAUGAGUGAGGGAGAUGAGGACGAGGAAGAUGUUCCACUGUAUUUCUACCUGGAGGAGAGCACCGGGUACAUGCAGCCCACCUUGUCCUUCCUCGCCAUCCUGCACACCGUCAUCUCCUUCAUCUGCAUCAUCGGCUACAACUGCCUGAAGAUUCCCUUGGUGAUCUUCAAGCGAGAGAAGGAGCUCGCCAGAAAGUUAGAGUUCGACGGCCUGUACAUCACUGAGCAGCCUGAGGACGACGACAUCAAGGGCCAGUGGGACCGACUGGUCCUGAACACACCCUCCUUCCCAAACAACUACUGGGAUAAGUUUGUCAAACGGAAGGUUUUGGAUAAAUACGGAGAUAUUUAUGGCAGAGAGAGAAUCGCUGAGCUGUUGGGUGUCGACUUGGCCUCGCUGGAUGUGAGUCAGCAACAUGAGAAGAAGCAGGAGGAACCGGACAACUCCAUGUUUUCUUGGGCCACUUCCAUUGACAUGAAGUACCAGGUCUGGAAGUUUGGAGUCGUGUUCACAGACGGUACCUUCCUCUACCUGUGCUGGUACCUGAUCAUGUCUCUGCUGGGCCACUACAACAACUUCUUCUUCGCCUGCCACCUGCUGGACAUUGCCAUGGGCGUGAAAACUCUUCGCACCAUCCUGUCGUCGGUCACUCACAACGGCAAACAGCUGAUGAUGACCGUCGGGCUGCUCGCUGUGGUCGUUUACCUCUACACCGUGGUGGCCUUCAAUUUCUUCCGCAAGUUUUACAACAAAAGCGAGGACGAGGAUGAGCCCGAUAUGAAAUGUGACGACAUGAUGACCUGUUACCUGUUCCACAUGUACGUUGGUGUGCGAGCCGGUGGAGGCAUCGGAGACGAGAUAGAGGAUCCGGCCGGAGAUGAAUAUGAACUGUAUCGUGUUGUGUUUGACAUCACCUUCUUUUUCUUCGUCAUCGUCAUUCUACUUGCUAUUAUUCAAGGUCUGAUCAUCGAUGCCUUUGGAGAGCUCAGAGACCAACAAGAGCAGGUCAAAGAAGACAUGGAGACGAAAUGCUUCAUUUGUGGCAUUGGAAGUGACUACUUUGACACAACACCACAUGGAUUCGAGACUCACACACUGGAUGAACACAACCUGGCCAAUUACAUGUUUUUCUUAAUGUACUUAAUCAAUAAGGACGAGACAGAACACACUGGGCAGGAGUCAUACGUGUGGAAGAUGUACCAGGAGCGCUGCUGGGAUUUCUUCCCUGCUGGGGACUGUUUCAGGAAGCAGUACGAGGAUCAGCUUUCUUAACCCUCCAGGAUCAGGGCGGCAGUCAUUUAUAUUGUGAUGGAUUUCAGUCAUGUUUUUAUUCAUCGCUCCUUCCACUUCAGCCACCCUCUUCCUUCUUAUGGAACCUUGUUUGUCUUUUUAAAAUAAUAAAGCAGGAUUGUCAUUAUUACCAUGGUCUCUACUGUGAUAAAUGUGGAUUCAUGCUGUGGAUCAAAAUAAAGUCUGGAGUUUGCCACUGAAUAAGCUUCCAUUAUAGACGUAUACCGUAGUGUCUUAUGCCCUCUGUCUUUCAGUAUAAUACAGAUGAUUUUUAAAUAAUGUAUUGGUCGACAGCUUUCUGUUGGAGGUACAGUAUUUGUGAUGAAGAGCUUCAACUGUUUUUGUGGAUCAUUUAACUAUC